CCAUGUAACCCAUGUUGCAAACGGUGGUAGCGCCACCUUUCGACACAUUUUAUUGACUUUGCACAUACGGCAUCGCCAAGCCCCCUUCCCGUCACGCGCUAAACAAAAGAGCAACCCGGUUGACCAAUCAAGAGAGCUUUACAAACGUAGGGCGACGGCACCAGGAUCCUUCGCAGCACAUAUAAAUAGCUGAAAAUUGCCAGUGGUUCUCAUUCAUCCCGUCACUCGUAUUUGAAGUACUGAAUUACCUACUGUCUCUCAAGCAACUAUGGCACGCACCAAGCAGACCGCUCGCAAAUCUACAGGAGGGAAGGCUCCCCGCAAGCAGCUGGCAACCAAAGCUGCCAGAAAGAGUGCCCCCGCCACUGGAGGAGUCAAGAAGCCUCAUCGAUACAGGCCUGGCACAGUCGCCCUGAGAGAGAUUCGCCGCUACCAGAAGAGCACUGAGCUUCUCAUCCGAAAACUGCCAUUCCAGCGUCUAGUGCGUGAGAUUGCACAGGACUUCAAGACAGAGCUACGUUUCCAGAGUUCCGCUGUGAUGGCCCUUCAAGAAGCCAGCGAGGCAUACCUAGUUGGCCUCUUUGAGGACACCAACCUGUGUGCCAUCCACGCCAAGAGGGUUACCAUCAUGCCCAAAGACAUCCAGCUCGCCCGUCGAAUCCGCGGAGAACGCGCCUAGAACCAUCGGUACAGCAUGUAGCCCAUGCACCGCAUACACAAACGGCUCUUUUCAGAGCCAC